CUCUAACGGCUAACGUCGCUCACAUCCCCGGGCUUGAGCCGGUGCUCCGCCGUUCCCGACCCUGUUCUGUCAGGCCGGUGGACCGCACGGAAAUCAGUGUCAACUGACAACCGGAAGCUCCGUCUUUCGCGCGACACGUAUUCAUCGUCGCGAAGCCGGCAGGAGCUGUCCUACGGGGACCUAUCCAGGUGUUGACAAAACGCGAUCAGCAGGCCUGCUUACACCACUGACUCGAGUGUCCUGACUGUGCCCGCGAAAGGACUCGUAUAGUGCUUGUGCUGAGAACAUUGCUUCGAGAUUGACGCCUGGAUGCGAUUCUUAAAAGAAUGAAGUCCGCGAACAGAUAGUCUGGAGAAAGGAUUUUAUUCGACGCGAACGAUUGCAUAUAUUGCUCCUUGAGAAGGGAGCUCUCUCCUUCCUGAAGAAUCAAAUUGCAUCGCUGUUUCCUGAAGAAAUAUUUUCCCAAGACGCGUAGCAUCCUCCAAUGACAGAUGGUCGCAGUCUGCAAAGAACCUCUGCAGUUUUAUUGAAAGUCAAAAGAUCGAAAAUCGUGUAUUGUUUGUUUAUUGCCGAAGAAGCAUAAAGAUUGUAAGAACGUAGUGAAGAAGAAUGCGAAUGUCGUGCGGAGUGACGCGGGAGUUGUAAGAGGGUGAACGGACUCGAGGUCCAGGAUGAUGGAAGUGCAGCAGCAACACUCGCCUGUCGGGGUGGGUCCGUUAGAUUUUUCAAGACGAGGGGUUGCCGAGGCGUCAGCGUUUCGCGUUGUCAAGCCCAAGCAACCAGCUUCGGCGCUCGUGCACCAGCAACCGCUGCCGCCGGAAACCAACAACAACGAAAACCUACAGGAGAAUCCGCAGAUUCCUAUUGACGUCGAAGGAGGAUGUAACGUUCGUUUAAUGUUCCCGAGACUAUGGGCGCCUUUCGGGAAUGCCACGGAGGUUACAAAUCUCCCACCUUUACCGAAAAGUCACUCAGAACGGCUAUCUUUUGGAGUGGGUCGUUUGGUGGGUUCGCCGGCGACGAGGAGUCCAUCGCCGUCGCAAUCUCCCUGUCCCGAUUCUCCUCCGCCCGAGCGUCGCGACGCCGAGGUGGAUGUCGACGUCGGUGAAGAGGAGGUCGACGUGGACGUCGAAGAAGUCGGCGACGAAGACGAUCACGAGGGUACCUCGAGUCCGCCGCGAUCGUCGUCGACGCCGUCGCCGUCGCCCGUCAGCGUCGCGACGUCGCCUGUGUCGCAUCCGCCGAAGAAAUCCGGCGACAGUUUCAGCGUGUCGGCUCUUCUCAGGCCGGAUCCGCCUUCCGCUCAUCUACAGAACGCGUCUCCGCAUCGGGAGACCGCCUCCUUGGGCGCUCAUCCGCCGCCACCCGGCUCGUCCAUCCUCUAUCCGCCGCUGCAUCUUCAGGGCGGACUCCUACCGCCUCAUCCGCAUCAUCCUCUUUCGUACCUGCACCCCCAGCUGCUGCCGCAUCAUCUUCUGCCGCCGCACCUGCACCCGUUGCUGCGCGGCGUUCAUCCGGGUCAUCCAGGAUUGCAUUCGACACACACGGCGCACGGCCUGCAUCAUCCUCAUCCGCUCGGCGACGUUUACAGCUGCGUCAAAUGCGACAAGAUGUUCAGCACGCCGCAUGGUCUCGAGGUACAUGCGAGACGAUCGCACAACGGCAAACGACCAUUCGCGUGCGAGCUGUGCAACAAAACCUUCGGCCACGAAAUCAGCCUCACGCAGCACAGAGCUGUGCACUCCGCGGAGAAGGUAUUCGAGUGCAAGCAAUGCGGUAAAGCCUUCAAGAGAUCCAGCACCCUCAGCACUCACCUUCUAAUUCAUUCAGACACGAGACCAUAUCCCUGCCAGUUUUGCGGCAAGCGAUUCCACCAAAAGAGCGACAUGAAGAAGCACACCUACAUACACACCGGCGAAAAACCGCAUAAAUGUCAAGUGUGCGGCAAGGCGUUCUCGCAGAGCAGCAACCUGAUCACGCACUCGAGGAAGCAUACGGGCUUCAAACCGUUCGCCUGCGAGCUCUGCGGUCGAGCUUUCCAGCGGAAGGUCGAUCUGAGGAGGCACCGCGAGACCCAGCACGCCGACCUCAACGCGUCGCAUCGACCGCCGAUUGGUUCGAUUCCCGGGCAGAAUUCCCUGCCCAGUGGAAAUCCACCGAUGAUGCAGUGAAGCCACGGCAAGGCAGCGAUUGAUAAUCCGCCGCCGGGUCAGAGUUCGUCGCAAUUAGCGGCUCGUUCUCGCGAAUCAGGGAGUCUGACCAAAUUGAGGACGUAACUACUGCGAGAAUUGAAAUCGCGAAUGGCGAUCGCUAUGGUCGUCGAUGAUGGCGGAGACGUAAUCAGAGCGAUAAAUUAAUCUCACAGAUAGAAUCACGAGUGAAACAAUUGAGGAUUGUAUCGUAGUGAGUUGCUGAAGGAUAUCAACUUUUUGCAUCUCGAUUUUGUUUCUUAUAUUCUUGGUUUAAUAUUUUUCUAUUGAUAACGAAAUUAACUUUAUCCGAUUAUGAACGCGAAUUUUUACUUCUGUGAAUCUAAAUUCAUAAUAUUCUAAUUUAUAACGUAAAAAGAAUUGGAACAUACAAUUAGUGAAGAAAGUGAUUAAUCAGAAAAUAUUGUGUUGCUUUGGAAACUAUCAGACAGCAAAAUGUCACCCAAUUAAAGACAAUUAAAGAUGCAAAGUUUCGUAUAAAUUCAGAUCGCAUGGCAGACGCGGAAUUUGCCGGAAUAGUGCAAUUCGGGAGUGAAUUCUCGGGACGUUGAAAAUUGCUUGAAAGAAGGGACUCUGGUAUUUUUAUCUAGAGGUUUUCAUCGAUCUUUUGACGUUAGUGCGAGGAGAACUAUAAGUUGAUAUUUAUUCGAUUAUUUGUUUCAUCGAAGCAGUUAAUCUAACGCGAAUCAUAACUUCAAGGACUCUUGAAUCGCAAGGAUAUACUCAGGAUGAAUGGAGCUAGUGUAUCGGUGAUUUGUUGCGACUGAAUAUUCCACGAAAACGUGUUGCAUCCGUUUCGUUCGUAAACGGUGAGUUUGUUUUUUUUUUUGUCGAUUUUUAUUCAGACAAGAGACUUUUUGUUAUGGCAUGGAACGGUAAUUUAUGAGUUACAAAGGUGUGCAAGCGUGAAUUGACAGUCGACUGUUUUUGUUGCGGACGAUGAUUAGCACUUUCUACUUUAAUCGAUGUCUACCUACUGCUAAUCGAUUACCUGUAACUUCUCUUAUUACGUAGAUACUCUCACGAUACGUCGCGCGUUUAUCAAGUUAAUCGGACAUUUCUUCUUUAAUGUAAACAGAUAUUAUUUUAGCAAUAUAAGUUCUUUUUUUACAUUACGAAAUAAUAAAAAAUAAAACAUUGCUACAAAUAAAAGUCAAUAUUAUAUCAUUUGCGAUAUCAAAAAGAAUCUGUUAAUAUUCAAAAGCUGCAUUCUAUGCAGAAAUACAAACAUUGUCCGAAUAACAUGAUCAUCGAAAGAUGUAUAAUGUGUCAAAGUACGGCGAGAACGUACUGUAUUUUGCAUAUCUCCCGCACCUGUCGUUGAAAAAAGGGUAUCAAACUCAAUCCCUAAAGUUGCAACUGUGACCAAAAAUUGUAAAUAGCACGUAGACCGUAUCACGGCUAGUCUAAGCGUAUAAAUAUAUACAUAUAAAUAUAAAUAUGAAUGAAUCGAAGCUAUAAAUAUUAUAAAUAGAAACGGACACACAUGUGUGUGGCGCAGAAAGUCGUCAAUGGGCGACUCGAUCGCCGUAGCCUCACUAAGAAGUUAUUAUAUUCUUCCCUUUUUCUCGCUAUCGAAGUUUUUAUUGUUGUACCAUUAAUAUCAUUAUGUAAUUAUUGUAAUUAGAGACUCGCUAUUAAUAUUAUUGUCAUUAUUAUUAUUAACA